CACAAGAUGAAUUAUGAAGACUGUCCCAGAAGACAUGAAGUUGAAUCGUACUUAAGAGAGCACAAGAUCCCUGAGUUAUUCCAAAAUUUGACUUCCCUUUUGAUAUAUCACAGACCAGAUAAUCCGAAGCAGUUUUUAUGGGAACAGUUGAAACAGCUUCGGGACGCACAAAAUUGCACUCAGGAGCCCCCUUCAUUGUUCACGCGGGAGAAUGCAGAAUCGAUUUUCAAUAUGUUAGAUCCGUGUGAGAAAAAUGUGAUCUCAUUUGAUCGUUACUGUCAUGCGUUGGAAACACUCGGCAUAACGAAAUACGACAAAAAUCCUGAUGGGCUAGAAGGCGAUUCUAUCAGCAAAGAGACUUACCUCACAGAAGCGCAAUCAUUGAUGAUCAAAGUAUCAGCCAAUAAUUUGACUCAAGUAAAUGUAAAUUCGUUCAGCUGUAACACCUUCCCAAUACGUAGCUGCUAUGUCACCCGAAGGAAGCACGAGAGCUGGGAUACUCCGCGGUUGCCCAAGCCUGAACAGGGGAAGUCGAGAGGCAGAGGUCGGUUUCGAACCACGGACAUUCUGGUCAGUAAAUUCGCGCUCUCAUCACUUGAGCCAUCUCGGCCUCUGAAUCAG